AACACACUUCCCCAUAUUCUCACUUUCAUUUCGGUGUUCCAAAAUGGCAAAGAUAUUCUGUAUGUUAGUUGUCCUUUUGGUAUCAUCGUCUUUUUGUUCUGCUAAAGAUUUGAAACGGUCUAAACGGCAGAUGCAAGUUUAUUAUAUGUGCAAUGGAGGUGUAUCUCAAUAUCCGUGUAACUCAAACAACAACUGUAAUAACAACAAUUGUAACUUCAACAAUUAUGGAAAUCAAGUUAUUCUUCCUUCUUCAUUUUACAAUCCAAACAUGAAUUGCAACUCAAACUGUAACAAUCUCAACUGCAAUCAAUAUUCAGGAUCCUGGCUUAAUGGACAAUAUGUUGCCUAUAACAUGGGAUCCAAUGCUUACUCUCCAUGUGCUAGCUCAUGCUGUUCCAACAACAACAACAACUAUAAUCCAUACAUCAAUAACAACUACAAUGGAAACUAUAAUCCAUAUGGAACCAGCAAUGGAGGUUAUAAUGCAUAUGGAACUAUUCCUGUAAAUGUAAAUGUACCAAGCAGCAGCACAAAUACAAAUGUAAACCAGUACUUGCCGUACGGAGCACAACAGUUCACUGGAACUUACCAAAACGGACAGUUCUUCUGUGGAGCCACAGAGCCAUCGGGUGGAGUUUGUCGUAACAACGGGGUGUGCCCAUCAGGACAUAGUUGCGUAGCCGGAAAUGUCUGUUGUCGUUGUCCAGUUGGAUCAAGCGCCGGAAACUGUAUACUUCAAAGUGACUGUUCUGCUGGAUAUGAAUGCAUGGGAACUGGAUAUUGUUGUCCUUCUCAAGUCUUAUCAACAACUAAACUUGGACCAUGUGUUGAUGGAGCCUGUCCACUUCCUGGAUACACUUGUGGCGUUGGAGACUUGUGCUAUCCAGAUAGUUACUUUUUGUAAUUUAUUGAAUUUCUGUUAUGUAUUGAAUUUUCCAUUGUUCUUGUUCUCUGCUCAAUUUGAAAUCUCUUUGUAUUAUUUAUUGAAGGUUAAUGGCGUAAUUAAUAAACAUUUUAAUAACUUU